UUCCGGCGCGCCUCGCUCUGGCCCCUGCGGCUGGCAGCCGAGCCUUGUGCCUCCGCCAUAUUGUCUGUGUGCGGCCGGCGGGCGGCGGCGAGCGGCGGCCGCGGCAGGUGGAAGACUCUGAGGCCUCUUUUCCACUCUCCAGCUUGGUGUUUGCAGGUAGCCUCUGAAUUGAACCAGCUCCUCGCUGCCACCCAACCUGUCGGACAUGUCUGGACCUGUGCCAAGCAGGGCCAGGGUCUACACGGACGUGAACACACACAGACCCCGCGAGUACUGGGACUAUGAGUCACAUGUGGUGGAGUGGGGAAAUCAAGAUGACUACCAGCUAGUGCGAAAAUUAGGCCGAGGCAAAUACAGUGAAGUGUUUGAAGCCAUCAACAUCACAAAUAAUGAAAAAGUAGUUGUUAAAAUUCUCAAGCCUGUUAAAAAGAAGAAAAUCAAGCGUGAAAUCAAGAUCUUAGAGAACUUGCGAGGCGGCCCCAACAUCAUCACUCUUGCAGACAUAGUAAAAGAUCCUGUGUCUCGGACACCUGCUUUGGUUUUUGAACAUGUAAACAACACAGACUUUAAGCAAUUAUACCAGACACUAACAGACUAUGAUAUUCGAUUCUACAUGUAUGAGAUUUUGAAGGCCCUAGAUUACUGCCAUAGCAUGGGAAUCAUGCACAGAGAUGUCAAACCUCACAACGUCAUGAUUGACCACGAGCACAGAAAGCUUAGACUAAUAGACUGGGGUCUGGCUGAAUUCUAUCACCCUGGUCAAGAGUACAAUGUCAGAGUGGCUUCCAGAUAUUUCAAAGGACCUGAACUCCUUGUAGAUUAUCAGAUGUAUGACUACAGUCUGGACAUGUGGAGCUUGGGGUGCAUGUUGGCUAGUAUGAUAUUCCGAAAGGAGCCAUUUUUCCAUGGCCAUGACAACUAUGAUCAGCUGGUGAGGAUAGCCAAGGUGCUGGGGACAGAAGAUCUCUAUGACUACAUCGACAAAUACAACAUUGAGCUGGACCCACGUUUCAAUGACAUCUUGGGCAGACACUCCCGCAAGCGAUGGGAGCGCUUCGUGCACAGCGAGAACCAGCACCUGGUGAGUCCAGAGGCUCUGGAUUUCUUAGACAAGCUGCUGAGAUAUGAUCACCAGUCCAGACUCACAGCCAGAGAAGCCAUGGAACACCCUUACUUCUAUCCCAUCGUGAAAGACCAAGCUCGGAUGGGCUCCUCCAACAUGGCAAGUGGCAGCACUCCUGUGAGCAGUGCCAGUAUGAUGUCAGGGAUUUCUUCAGUGCCAACACCUUCCCCUCUUGGACCUCUAGCAGGCUCACCAGUCAUUUCUGCCACCACCACGCUGGGGAUGCCAGUUCCAGCUGCUGCAGGAGCUCAGCAGUAGUGAUGGGUUCUUGUCUCCUGCUGUGCCUGAGCUGAGUCAGGUGGGGAAGAGGUUGUCCCCUCACCACCUCUCCUCAGGACACAGCUUGUGCCUGGCAGGGGCAGGGAGGGGAUGAAAGCUUUGGAGGCACCGUGUCUGAACUGUUGCUUGUGGAUUUAUAGUAGUUCAGUCAUUAUAUACAAAAAUUAUUCUAGGCUGAUUCUUUUGGGGUUGGUUUUUUUUUGUUUGUUUGUUUUUCUCCUUUUUUUACUUGAACUUUUCAGGGGAAUCCCUGAAAAUACAACCAGAUGGAAUAUUUCUUGGACAGGUUUUUUUUGUUUGGUUGGGUUUUUUUUGGUUGGUUGUUGUUUUUUUUUUUCCCUCCUCCCUCUUCUCUAAGAAAGAAAAAAAAAGUACUUUUAAGAACAAAGGAACCAACAAACAUUUCCAAGCUCUUUGCAUCCUGCUGGAAAUCUCUUUGUGUUCUCACCAUUUACUCCUCCACGAGCCUGCACCUCGGGGGAUUUGUGCUGUUUCUCCAGAGACUCCCAAACUAAGUCUUUGUGGGGAAGGAGAAGAGGUGGGGGAGAGGGAUUCUUAACCUCUACCACUCACCUUAAACCCCACCACCACAUCUACCACUCACCUUAACCUGCCCCAUCACCACGUUCUGCACCUGACUCAGCCAGGGGUACGCUGAGGAGACAAUUCCAGUGUGGUAGAAGCUUAAAAGGAGUAAGUGCAGAUAAUGUCUGAAACCCUAAUUGGAUUGAAUCAUGUCUCCUUAGGAGCCAAGCAGAGUGCCAGCUCACCCCCUUUGCAUGUCAUUUUAGCCCUACAAGAUGAAGUUACUGAUCCAGUUGGAGUCUUUAACCCUCUCCUGAAGAAAGGACUUCUCUAGAGCAAGCCAAACUCUUUACCAACCUCUUUCCUCCUGGAGGCUUUCUUCCCUGACCCUGCCAUUGCUUGGCUUGGAUCUCUGGAAUUAAGUUUGUUACUGGGUAUCUUAUUUUGGGCUUUUCUUUUGGCUUUUUUUGGGGGGGGUUUUGUUUUGUUUUAUUAUUUUAAAUGGUUUCUAUAGGUUUGAUUCAAGCUGGUGGCUACUAAAAAAAAAACAAAAAAAAAAGAGAAAAAAGGCAAACAAAACAAAAAAAAAGAGAACUCAGACUGCACCAAGUCGGCUCUCACAUCUUCAUCACCCACCAUCAUCCUCUCCCUCACGUGCCAUGUGGUGAGAAAAUACCAGUUUUUACCUCACAGUCCUGUAAAUAUGCACUGAGAGGAAGGAGCUGAGCAGCAGUGAAACCGAAAUGGUAGAGCAGUUAAAAGGAAAAAGAGGAAAGGCAAAAAAAAAAAAAAAGAAGAGAAAAAGAAAUACUAAAUACUAACUAAAUUGUGGACAACUCUUGAUCAUUGAGAAAGGAAAAAGCACCCUCGUUCCAGCCCUGCUACCCCUUGCUGUGUAUAUAUCCUUUGUCCUUCAUAUGUGAAAGAUCCAGUGUUGGAAUUCUUUGGUGUAAAUAAACAUUUGGUUUUAUUUAUCGA